AUGAGGAGCACAAAGGUAAUCGAUGUGGGAACUCAAUUCAUGGACCCCAUGUUCGUGUACUGGCAAGAGACCGACCUCUCGAAAUUCGAUCCUGGAUAUGCGGCGACACUAGCCGCGAGACUAGACAUCGACUUUACGCCAGCAACCACGUCCGAAACGGCGCCCUCGUCAGACCGCAGCCAAUCCACUUCAGCUACUUCUUCGGCGGACGAUGGUGGCGAAAAGUCAUCCAACCCGGAUCUCAAUAUCGCCGCAAAGGCAGGCAUAGGCGUGGGCGUCGCUAUCGCGGCUGUCCUGGGGGUUGUCGCCGGACUUGUAUUGUACAGGAGACACGCUCGCAAGAAGGCGAGGCUCGACCGGAAAGCUGCUUUACAGAACGAACAACCUGAACUCGUGCAGACACGCGCUGCAUAA